AAUAUGCAAAGAAAAGAUACAGAGAGAGAGAGAGAAAGAGAGAAAUCCCAUUUCAUAAUUUGGGUUGUUAGGGUUAGGGUUAGGGUUAGGGUUAGAGGUCUCAAGGUUUAAGCUUUCUCCAGAAUUUCAGAUAUGGCAGCCACGACGCCGACGACGACGUCGACGGUUGCAGAAUCGGAGCAGAGCAAUGCCAAGCCAGGUUUGAGGAAGCCUGUCUUCAUAAAGGUCGAUCAACUCAAACCCGGCACCAGUGGCCAUACCCUUGUCGUUAAGGUCCUCACCUCCACCACCGUCUUACAGAAAGGCCGAUCGGUGUCUCAACACCUCCGUCAGACCCGAAUCGCUGAGUGCCUUGUUGGGGACGAGACUGGAACCAUUUUGUUUACUGCCAGAAAUGAUCAAGUUGACUUGAUGAAGCCAUCUACAACUGUCAUUCUUCGCAAUGCGAAGAUAGAUAUGUUUAAGGGGUCGAUGAGGCUAGCUGUUGACAAAUGGGGCCGCGUAGAGGUCACCGAACCUGCACAGUUCGAUGUGAAGGAGGAUAACAAUCUGUCUUUGGUUGAGUAUGAGCUGGUGAAUGUUGUGGAGGAGUGACUGGGGUUCUUUGUGAAGAUAUAGUGGUUGUUAGUAGUGAUCUAAUUUAUUGGUAUAUGAUGAUGCUGUUGAUGCCUGAUAGUAGUAAGUAGAAUUCUAUAAAAUAUUAUUGGUGGAAUAUCUUGUUUUGGUUUGGUUCUUAGUAAUCAUCAAAAUGAGAAAGGAAGAAAACUCAUUCCCUAUUAGGGUUUUGUUAGGGAUCUGACAAGGACUGCAUGAGUCUUUUAUUAUGGAAUUGUAAACAAGUAAUGAUAUGAUUAAAGAAAAGGGGUUUCUUGGUUUUGUUAUUA